ACCACUGCCACCGGCCUCUUCUUGCAGACGCACCCCAGCUCCCCAGAGAUUCCUGCACUGACAGCGAGCGGACGGAAGCUCUCGGAGAAGUCUCUGGUUGUGGCCACCCGCUCCAGAUAAUUGAAAUCCUUCCUUCACCGCCAUGGGCUGGCUUUUACUAAAGGUUAUGUUGGUGGGAGUGAGCUUCUUAGGAUGUCUUUAUCCUCUGGUGGAUUUUUGCAUCAGUGGAAAAGCAAGAGGCCAGAAACCAAAUUUUGUGAUCAUUUUGGCUGAUGACAUGGGGUGGGGUGACCUGGGAGCAAACUGGGCAGAAACAAAGGACACCGCCAACCUUGAUAAGAUGGCUUCGGAAGGAAUGAGGUUUGUGGACUUCCACGCAGCCGCCUCCACCUGCUCGCCCUCCCGGGCCUCCCUGCUCACCGGCCGGCUGGGCCUCCGCCAGGGAGUCACGCGCAACUUUGCAGUCACCUCCGUGGGGGGCCUUCCGCUCAACGAGACCACCCUGGCUGAGGCGCUGCAGCAGGCGGGCUACGCCACCGCGAUGAUAGGCAAAUGGCAUCUUGGACACCAUGGCUCUUAUCACCCCAACUUCCGUGGUUUUGAUUACUACUUUGGAAUCCCAUACAGCCAUGAUAUGGGCUGUUCCGACACCCCAGGCUACAACCACCCUCCUUGUCCGGCAUGUCCUCGGGGCGGUGGUCCAUCCAGGAACCUUGAGAGAGACUGUUACACGGACGUGGCGCUCCCUCUCUAUGAAAACCUCGACAUCGUGGAGCAGCCAGUGGACCUGAGCCGCCUGGCGCAGCAGUACGCUGAGAAGGCCACCCAGUUCAUCCAGCACGCCAGCGCCAGUGGAAGACCCUUCCUGCUCUACGUGGGCCUGGCCCACAUGCACGUGCCCCUGCCGGCGACACAGCCAUCAGUGGCCCCGCAGGGCCGGAGCCUGUACGGGGCAGCUCUUCAGGAGAUGGACAGUCUGGUGGGCCAGAUCAAAGACCAAGUGGACCGCACAGCGCGGGAGAACACGCUCCUCUGGUUUACAGGCGACAACGGUCCCUGGGCUCAGAAGUGCGAGCUGGCAGGCAGCGUGGGGCCCUUCGCUGGAUCGUGGCAAACUCGUCGAGGGGGAAGUCCAGCCAAGCAGACGACCUGGGAAGGAGGGCAUCGGGUCCCGGCACUGGCUUACUGGCCUGGCAGAGUCCCAGUCAACGUCACCAGCACGGCCUUGUUAAGCGUGCUGGACAUCUUCCCCACCGUGGUGAGCCUGGCCCAGGCCAGCCUGCCCCGAGGCCGACACUUUGAUGGCAUGGACGCCUCCGAGGUGCUCUUUGGCCGGUCGCAGUCUGGGCACAGGAUGCUCUUCCACCCCAACAGUGGGGCAGCUGGAGAGUUCGGAGCCCUGCAGACCGUCCGCUUGGGGAGUUACAAGGCCUUCUACGUGACAGGUGGAGCCAAAGCGUGCGACGGGAGCACGGGGCGAGAGCAGUAUCACGAGCCUCCCCUUAUCUUCAGCCUGGAGGGCGACGCUGCGGAAGGCGAGCCUCUAGACAGAGGCGCUGCCGAAUACCAGGCCGUGCUGCCGCAGGUCCGAAAGGCUCUGGCAGAUGUGCUUCAAGACAUUGCCAGCGACAACACCUCCCGGGCGGACUACGCGCAGGACCCUUCGGUGACUCCCUGCUGUAGCCCCGACCAUGUGGCCUGCCGCUGCCAGGCCGCGUGACAGAUGGGUUUUUCCGCAGGGAGGAGUCUCUGGAGAUGAAACGGGCCCCCUGAGGUCUCAGGCCUCUUGGAGUGGCCCCCUUGCACACUGCUCCUUCUCCGCUGGCCGGAGGGAGCCGCUGGACCGUCGCACGCUCACCAGGGCUCUGGGGUCAGGCACAGGCUUGAGCCCCAGCGUUUGGCCUUGGGCGAUUACUUAACCCGACUUGCAGGUUGACUUUGAGGGUUAAACGAGGCAAUACACGGAAACGCCUGGCACAUGACCUGACAGAUACGAAUACACUUUGGUUUCCUUUUUAUGCCCCCAGCGUCUCUGGUCAUUUUCGCGUAGAGCCAACCCAGCCAGUGUCCACCGCAGACCUCCUCCAUCUUGCAUAUGCAGACAAAUCCCCCGGGACCUGUGAACCGGCUGCCUCUGACUCGGCAGGUCUGGAGGGAGCCUUUUGCAAACCAGGCCCUGAGGAGGCGUCCUCGGCCCUUCCCCUCCUCCCCUUUUGGGAUCCGGUGACUGUAUCAUAAAGGCUUUGAGAGUUCCUGCCCCGUAAAACCUCAAGGAAAUAAAAUAAGCUUUAAAACCUUUAAAAA